AUGGAGAUGGUGAUGCAUGGUGGUAAGGUUGACGUAGGAUUAAUAUAUAGUUGUAUAAAGGAGGAUGAUAGAUUGGAAAAGGUGUCGAGCCCAUUAAGUGCUCAAAUACUAGAAUUUUAUGAAUCGGAGUUGUUCCCAGAGACGUUACAAAACUUGGAAGUUGCUUCAACCUCAAAUUGUUGCUAUGAAGAUCAUCAUCAUCAUCAAUCUUACUCCUCCUACACUACUACUACUACUAACCUCUCCUUCCCAGCUCCCAUAGAUGAUAUUAAUGCCACCAAACCCCCUUUGGUCGAUACCAACAGCUUCUCCAUUAUCUUUGAAGACGAUAACGAUAUUAAUCUAGAUUUCACAAGUACCAAUCACUACCAAUUUGGCCAUCAGGACCAGUUUGAUCUUGCCCUACUCCAACUGCCACUAGCUACAGAUCUGCCUUACCCUCAUCCAAGCGACCACGUUGUCCCUGUGAUGGGACCAGCUGCUGCAUGUGAUCAACAUGACUGCUUAUCUUCCAUGCCACCUUCAAAGUUCAUGCGCUUUAAUAACCCUUCCUCGCCUGCUAAUUUUUCCUUCAUGGAUCCCUCCAUAAACUCUUAUAAUUACCUUUCAGGAAACUCCAACCCUCCUCUACCAGCUGCAGUAGAAAGUCCUUCAGGGAUUUUCAAUGGGAAUAAUUUGUUCUUGGGGAAUAUUGAAAUUCAACCUCAUGAACUAGAUUUCAAGGGAGACAUCUUCUGUCCAGAUUCUUUGCCACCACCCUACAACUCUAAUGAACUUGAGGCCCUUAGCAACGAGAGCCAGCAUCAUCUUGUAAAUGAAGGUGGGAGUUGUGCUACUCCAUUGGCAUUAGAGAUCACAAGCUUGGAAGCAGAAACCUUGAGAGUUGCCAACAAACUCAGCACCCAAGAAAGGAAAGAGAAGAUCCAUAGAUACAUGAAGAAAAGAAACGAGAGGAAUUUCAGCAAGAAAAUCAAGUAUGCAUGCCGGAAAACCCUGGCAGACAGCAGGCCCCGAGUGAGAGGAAGGUUUGCAAAGAACGAGGAAUUCGGAGAGAACAAUAGAACGACAUGCAGCAACCAUGAAGAAGACACGGAUGAAGAUCAGGUGGUUGUAAAGGAAGAGGAAGAUAAUUUAGAAUCAUCAGAGAUGUUUGCACAUAUCCAGUCUUGGAUUUAA